AAGGAAACCGCUCCCGAGCGCGGCGGCGUAGUCUCCUGGCCGUGCUGCUGCCGCUAUCUCUGUCCUCCUGUCGGUCCUUCCGUCCGCCCGCAGCAUGAGUGGCCUGCGCGUCUACAGCACGUCGGUCACCGGUUCCCGCGAAAUCAAGUCCCAGCAGAGCGAGGUGACUCGCAUCCUGGACGGGAAGCGCAUCCAGUACCAGCUGGUGGACAUCUCCCAGGACAACGCCCUACGGGACGAGAUGCGAGCCUUGGCGGGCAACCCGAAGGCCACCCCGCCCCAGAUUGUCAACGGGGACCAGUACUGUGGGGACUAUGAGCUCUUCGUGGAGGCUGUGGAACAAAACACACUGCAGGAGUUCCUGAAGUUGGCCUGAGCUAAGCACACCCACGGUCCCCCACUGGACUCCGUCACCACGUUCCCCCCUAGCCCUUGCCUAGCCAUGAAGGACCUUGUGACCAAUUCCCUGUCAUUCCUAACCUUUUGACCUCGGAGCCCCUCCCUUCUCCCCCCAGGUCCCUUCUCCCCUAACUGUAGCCCCUCUCCUCCAUUCAAAGGCAACAUUCCUUACCUACUAGUCUUAAGCAACAGCCCGGUGCUGGCUAUCCCAGCCAGCCUUGAGGCUGCCACCCUGCCCGGUACUGGCUGAUGGGCACCUCUGUUGGUGCCAUCAGCCAGGGCUCUGCCAAAGGCCCCGCAAACCCUGUCCUGGGAGCACCCGGAGACAAUUAAAUGUUCCAUUCCA